AUGGCUAGAAAGAAGUCUGCUGCCAAGAAGGCAAGAGAAGCUGCUGCUAAGCAAGCAAAUGAACUAAAUGAUAAGCCUACUUCAGUUGACGAACCAAAAGUAGAAGAAGUAGAAGAAAUCAAGAAACCUGCUAAAGAUGAAAAACCAAAACAGAAAGAAGUAGAAGAAGAAGAAUAUGAUGAUGAGCCUGAAUCAUCAUCAUCUGAAGAAGAGGAUGAAUUUGGUGAUUUGAUUACAGAAGAUGUUGAAACAGGUAUUAAUAAAGUUUUGGAAACCAUUAGAACAGAUCCAUCUAAAUUAUUAGACCCUGAAGUUAAAUUUUUUGAAGAUCCUGAAAAAGUUGAAUAUUCAGCCAGGAAGGAAAAACAUAAACCAUUGUAUAUAAGUGAUUAUAAUCGUAUGAAUUUAUUGGAUGGUGGAUAUAAAGAAUUCGAUGAAAAGGAAACAGUGGAUGGACAAAAAUCAUUUGCUGCUGUUCAAAAAGAAGAAAAAGAUCAAAUAUUGGCAGAAAUUAAAAAUGCAUUUAAUGAAGAAAUGGAAGAAAAUGAACAAGAUGGAGAAGACGACGAUGAUGGAUUUUUGAAAAAGAAAGAACCUAAAGAAAAGAAAAAGGAAGAAGAAGUUGUUGCACCGGGAUCUAAUUUACCAGAUCCACAAAAGGAUCAACAAGGUUUCUUAUCUGCUUUCCUUGAUCAACAAGCAUGGAUUCCUAAAAAAGGGGAUAAAGUUAUUAACUUAGACAGAAUUGAUCAAGAAGAUGAAGAAGAUUUUGAUAAUGCUGUAGAAGAUUUCGAAAAUGCUUAUAAUUUUAGAUAUGAAGAUCCAAAUUCUGCCGAAAUUGUCAGUUAUGCACGUAAUCAAGCUACUUUAAGAAGAUCAAAGACAAAUUCUCGUAAGAGACAACGUGAAAAGAAACAAGAAUUGAAACGUCAAGAAGAAGAAAUUGUUCAAAAUAUGCUUAAAAAGAAGAAGACUUCUAAAGUUAAUAAAGUUUUGGAUAGAUUGACAAAAAUCAAAGAAGCCGUUGGUGAUCAAGUUAGUGAUGAAACUAUUGAAAGAGUGUUUGGUGAUGCAUUAUUACAAGAUGAUUUUGAUGAUGCUGAUUGGGAUAGCAAAAUGGCUGAAAUUUUCAAUGAACAAUAUUAUAAUGCUGAAAUAGAAAAACCUACCUGGGAUGAUGACAUCAUGGAUGACUUUAAUCAAGGUAAUGAUGCUGAUGAUGAUAGUGAUUUAGAAGAUGCUGAUGCCGAAGAAUAUUCAGCACAACAACAGGAAGAAGAAGACGAUCAUGAAGAAGGACCAUCUAGAAAGAAAACCAAGAAAGAAAUACUUAAAGAAAAGAAAUCUGCCAAGAAAGAAAAAGAAGCUCUUAAAGAAAAGGCACAAGCCAUUGUUGAAGCAAAUACAUUAAAGAUUAGAGAUGAAGUUGAAGAAGAAAGAGGACGUCAAAGAGCUAAAGAAGAUGGUGAAGUUAAAUUUAAAUAUCGUGAAGUUUCUCCAGAAGCUUUUGGAUUGACAACUAGAGAUAUCUUAUUGGCUGAUGAUAAACAAUUGAAUAAUUUCAUUGGUAUUAAGAAAUUUGCACCUUAUAGAGCAAAAGAAUUAAGAAUGAAAGAUAAACGAAAAUACACCAAAAAGAAACAUUUGGAAGAAUGGAAAAAGGAAACAUUUAGAAAUAUUCAUAUACCCGAAGAGGCAAAAGAUGGUGAAAUUUGGAUUCCUGAUGAUUCAGAACCAGUAGAAUCCAAAAAGAAACACAGUAAAAAGAAAGACAAAAAGAGAAAAUCACAUUCAUAG